AUGCCAGAAAUAAUAGACCUCCUAUCCUCCGAUCCUCCUAUCCCACCAAAGCCCCAACCGCCAAAGCCGCAACAGCCAGCCGAACUCCCAUCGCGAGGUCCAUCCCACCAGCUCAUUCCGAUUUCGUCAGACCCGUUCGAUACAUCUAUUUUCGAUUACGAUGACGUUUUCGACAAGCCCGCCAAGAAACGGCGAGUGAGCGAUGAAGACACUUCUCUGCGACAAAGCACCACGCCAAACGAACCUCGAGCUCCAGCUUCUGCGGCAGAGCCUUGGUUCUCGAUCUCCGACGACGAUUUUGACCUACCGCCAGUAAACGCUGCGGCGCAGAAGGAGCCAUCCCAAUCGCGCGUGGAAGAGUCGGAUCCAAUUGUCUUUACCUCUUCGGCCCCAGCUGCUUUGCCAAAGCCCCCGCGGAAAUCGCAGCUUUCAACCCGGGAUAUCAUUGCGCUUGAUGGCGAUGACGUAUUAACGGACCCCAUGCCUCCGCCCUCGAGUUUCCGAGGGCGUAGUGAUAUUGAUGAAUUCAGCGAUCCGUUCGCGCUGCCGGAGUUUUCUGACCUAUUGAAAAAGCCUACUGCCUCAACUCCUAUUUUCUCUGAGUCGACUGCUCGUCUACUAUCUCGCCUUAGCGAGGAACAUACUUCAGGCCCCAAGACAAAGUCUGGUACUCGAAAACAGAAAGGCACCAGCUUGAAACCUGCGCCUGCGGAGGUGCUCUCCGACGACGACAUUGAUGAACCAGCAGCACCUCGGAAGACAACAAAGAAGACAACAAGCAAGCUUACCACUGCUGAAAAGGAAGCAAAGGCCAAAGCACGCGAAGAGGCAAAGCUACAGCGAGAACGAGAACGCCAGCUCGAGAAAGAGCGCAAGCUGAAACUCAAAGAAGAGAAAGCGAAAGAGAAACAACGGGCAGCCGAUAUCGCGAGCGUCAACAAGCUGAAAGUGAACAAAAAGGAUUCAACACCAGAGAUGAUCAUGGACAUGUCUACAUCUCUGGAAGACAGCAGCGUCGGCACUCAAACCGUCGAGUUCAUGAAACGCCUCGGCGUCGAACAUACAUUCUUCACAAGCGCAAUUCCAAACGUAGUAAAAUGGCGUCGCAAAAUGAACGCCACGUACAACAGAACCCUACGAUACUGGGAACCCUGUCCACCCUUCAUCCAAAAAGAAGACCACGUCCUGUGCCUAUUACCCGCACAGCAAUUCAUCAACAUGGUCACCCCACAAGACAACACAGAAAGAGAAACGCUAGAAAUCCACGUCCUCCGAAUAAAAAGCGCCUACCCAGAUUGCAAACCCAUCUACCUAAUCGAAGGCCUGAAUGCUUUAAUGCGCAAAAACACAAACGCACGAAACAGAGCCUUCCAAGCCGAAGUCCUGCGCCAACUCGCCGAAACCACUACACCACCAGACGAAACAACAACCCGCAAACCCCGAAAAAAGAAAACACAAGACACAACACCCCUCGUCGACGACGAGACUGUCGAAGACGCUCUCCUCGAACUGCAAGUCACACACUCAUGUCUCAUCCACCACACGACAACGCCAGGUGACUCCGCAGAAUGGAUUAAGAAUUUCACCGAGCAUAUCUCGACAGUCCCGUACCGUCGUGAACGACAGGAAGCCCACAAUGCUGCAUUCUGUAUGGAUACGGGACAAGUGAAGACCGGUAUCGACAAGCAGGAUACAUUCAUCAAGAUGAUUCAGGAAGUCAAUCGCGUGACGGCUCCUAUGGCAUACGGAAUUGCGGGACAAUAUCCCUGUGUUGCGGAUUUGACCCGUGCAAUGCGGAUGAAUGGCGCUAUGAUGCUAGAGGAUAUCAAGAAAUGCGCGAACAAAAAUGGAUCCUUGACGAAUGCGCGUAUUGGACCUGCUGCGAGUAAGCGGCUGUACAAAGUGUUCACUGGACUUGAUCCGAGUUCAACGGACAUUUAG